UGUAUGGUUAACUGCCAUUCGAUAUGAAAGGAAUGGAUGAUGUUGUACCGACUAUCGACUUUUCUCCUUCCGGUAGCAAAGAGCCGUCGUAUUCGCUGAAACGAGAUGACAUUGAUGUGUUGCUUCAAGUCCUGGGUGAUCUGGAGUCCUGGGCGCAGUCAAGUUCAGACCCUGUGGCGAUGGGCUCAAUACAGGAAGCAAGAAGUGCAGUGGAUAAGCUCAUAACUAAGAUGGAUAAUCUGGAAGCUGGGUUCGACCAUAUUGCUGAGCAUUCUUUACUCUCGGCAUCACGACUGUCCUCAUCAUGCAGAAGGUUAACAGAAGCAAACAAGCAUGCAUUUCAAGAACUGGCUGAGCAACUGCACGAAAUGCAAGAAUCCCAGGCAAACCAGGAAAACGAUCUUCAAACCACUGAACUCACAUCUCACUCCGAGCGGGAACGUGCGGAUAUACUGGAGUAUGAGCUGCACCAAGCCAAAGUGCAGAUUGAAAGCAAGGUUGCAGCCCGACGCAUACUGGAGCGCUGUAAUCUGGAGUUGGCCCAAGACUUCAAAAAAGAGCGACAGAAUCGUGUUCUAGCACUUGUUGAUGCAACGGAACAGACAUGUGCAGUUGAAGUAAUGAGGCAGGAGUCAUCGCAGGUCCAUUCGCGAGCAGAGGAAGUGAAAGCUUUGGAGGCUAGGAAUGCAUCAAAAAUUUCCCAGCUGGUCGAGGAGCAAGGAACAACUCUGCAGAACCUGGAGGCAACACGUUCCAGAGGGGAAAACUUGGAAACCCAGAUCCAAACUGCUCGCUCUGAAGAGCAAACUCCACACCUGUUGCUGGUCCAUCUUCAUGCCUAUAUCGACCCACGGCUGCCUAGCGUGUCUCUAGGCGCUGAAUUGUCACCCGAGUUCUCGCUGGAUGUCAGCAUGUCAGAUGGACCGAACACUGUUGUCACUCCAGAACUCGAGCUGCCAGCUCUCAGCCUUGCAAUCUUGUCAUCAUCCAUACUCACAUCCAUACUCGCUCUCCCCAUCUCGCAUUACCUCGAGAUUCCUUUGGAUCCAAUUAGCCUCACUGAAGCUCUACCUUUCUUUGUGUGCAUGGAGGGCAGGUGGCGUGGCCAGAUGAAACCUGCUGGCAAAGUAGUUAUGGAAGCCAUCGAAAACAGCGGUAAUGCCAUCUUACAUGAAAUGCUCAUGAAGAACAGCCUACCACCAGAAGUUAAGGAAGAGAAUCCCCUCGCACGUCUGAAACUUCUUCUCAUUGCACCCUUCCUAACUAUGCACAUUCUCAACUUUGCAACCACACUCACUCCCGCAGCCAUUUCAAGAUACCAGACUCAGACCUUGAUUGACUCUGCAAGAACCGCCUAUUCGGUGUCACACAGAGUUGACAUAACCUCUCCUGCCAUUGCUAGUGUCCUCACCAACCUUGCUGCUAUUGACGCCACUCUUCAAGUAGAAGUUGAGGUCGAAGCCAACGUGUCUGCAUCUACUGAUCUGCUUGUCAAGAUCGCCCCGCCCCUGUACAUCCGCAUCACGCCACCAGGUCCAGUUCGUCCCCGCGUACUAUUCAGAUCUACCGAGGCGAUCGAGAACUUCAUGACUGGUUGGACAACACUCAUUGGCGACCCCAUUCUAUCAAAAUGGAUUGUCCUUGUCCUCGCUGUCAGCGUGGCACUCAAGGGUAUUGCUGAGGGUGCUAUGCGUGGAAUCCGAAUCACAGAUGAAUAUACCCAUGAAAUACAGCGAACUUGA